AUGGUAAACUACAAUAUCUAUACCAUUGGCUGGAUUUGUGCCAUUCAAGCAGAGCUCGUCGCAGCCUCUGAACUUCUUGACGAAGAAAUUUCUGAGACAGUUCCGACCCCAAAAGAGGAUAAUAAUGCUUACACUCUUGGAAAGAUUGGAAAUCAUUAUGUUGUUAUUGCAGCGCUGCCUAUGGGGCAGUAUGGCAUAGUAAAUGCAGCCAGUGUCGCUAGGGAUAUGCUACGCACCUUUCCUAAUGUCAGACUUGGUUUUAUGGUGGGCAUUGGAGGUGGCGUCCCUACCAAGCAUGAUAUUCGCCUUGGCGAUGUUGUGGUAGGGGUUCCAAAAAAGAGGAGCGGCGGCCUCGUCCAGUAUGAUCAUGGGAGAGCAAUACAAGGUAAUGGCAUUGGUAUCAUGGGAGCUUUGAACCAGCCCCCGACGUCUAUCUUGACAGCCAUCGCCAAGUUGGACGCCUGGCAUGUUAGGAAAGGAUGCAAAUUGAAGCAGACAGUUGAGAAUGUACUGGAGAAAAACAGCAAUCUCGUGGAAGCAGGCUAUGGAAGGCCGCCUAAGGAUACUGAUAGGCUCUACAACCCCGAGUUCGUUCAUCCUUUGGGCACAACGAGCUGCUUGACUGCGUGCCCUGAGUCGAACCUUGUUCAGAGGGAACCACGCAAAAAUGACCAGGAUAGUCCAAAGAUUCACUACGGCAUUAUCGCCUCUGGUAGCCAGUUGAUGGAAGAUGCUAUUGCGCGAGACAGGCUUGCUGAAAAUGAGAGUGUAUUGUGCUUCGAGAUGGAGGCAGCCGGGGGUGACGACUGGCAGGGUUAUGCAGCCCUCAUGGCUGCAGCUUAUGCAAAAGAGCUUCUCCUCCUAAUCCCCCCCGAGAAAGUCGAAGAGCAGAAGAAGAUAAAGGACAUCAUUUCCGAGCUUCAUGAACCUAUAUUCGAGACUAAAGAACAGGUUGGGGCCAUCUAUCGCAGAAAGGAAACGGAAGAAGAAGCCAAGAUGCUUCACUGGCUUCAAGCAACUGAUUACGCCGCCGAGCAACAGUCUUCUUUCGAGCAACAUCAGCCAGGCACGGGCCGGCAAUUCACGAGUUCCGAAGAAUUUGGACGCUGGUUGCAGACCAAGAAUACCAUGUUGUUUUGUUCCGGAAUGCCAGGAGCGGGGAAAACAAUUAUCACAGCCAUCACCGUCGACUAUUUGCAAGCCAAAUUCAAAGAUGAUCACGGAACUGGUGUUGCAUAUGUGUACUGCAACUACCAACCGACGAAAAAACAGAAAGUUCAGGACCUGUUCACGAGUAUUUUAAAACAGCUGGCGCAAUUGCAACGCCCUUUCCCAAACGCCUUGAAAUCACUCUAUCUGGAGAAAGGCAAUGAGAAAGAAAAGCCAUCAGCAGACGAUGUCAAGAAGACACUUCGCGACAUUAUCAAUUCUUUUGAUCAAGUGUUCAUUAUGGUUGAUGCCAUAGACGAGUUCGAGGCAACAGAAAGCCUUUUCAGUGAACUCAGUUCUUUGCAGGAACAUACAUUGGCAAAUCUUUUCAUUACUUCAAGGCCCCCAGCCCAGAGCCUCAAAAAUACAUUGGACAAACUUCGCGGGUGCUUUAGGAAGGAUAUACAAGCCGAUGACCACGACGUGAAGCUGUAUAUUGAUCAACGGAUGACUGAGAUGCUACUUCUCAGUGAAGCAAACAAUGAAAUCUCGGGAAGCGUUAAAGAGGACCUCAAGAAGCUAAUCAGGAAAAGACUUAGCGAAGUUGUCAAUGGAAUAUUUCUCCUUGCCCGAUUUCACCUAGAUGGUCUGAUGGGAAAAACGAGACCCGCUGACAUAGAGGAUGCUUUGCGUAACCUUGUCACUGGCCCAAAUGCUUACAAGGACGCAUAUGAGAAAACCAUCCAGAGAAUCGCGAACCAGUCAGAAGAUCAUAAAAGUUUAGCGAGGAGGACCUUGAUUUGGCUCACACUUGCAAAAGAGCGGCUCACAAGGGCGCAACUUCGAACCGCGCUCAGCAUACGAGAGGGAAUCUCGCAACUCAGCGACCGGGACUUCGAAAGCACCAACGUCAUUCUUCAUGUUUGUAUGGGUCUUGUAAAGAUUGAACAAGGCGGCCGCGAUAGUGCUAUUAGCUUGCUACAUUUCACAACAAUGGAGUACUUACAGGCCAAUUUCCACUCCCUUUUAGCUCUAGAGCCUCUGCAUCAGAGAAUGAUUAUAUCAAGUGUCUCACUUCCUGAGGUUGAGAGAAAAAGGAAGAGAAUGACUACACCGGGUUUACUGCUUCUGGAUAUUGAAAGAGAAAGGAAAGCUAAAAGACAUUACGAGGGGUGGAUUACGGCAUCUUGCGUGACAUAUCUGCAAUUUACCGCCUUUGGAAGUGGGCAAUGUGAAGUCAAGGAGUCGCGUCGCUACCAAUCCGAGGCGGUGCAGCAUGUCCAAAGCGCGUUUCAUAAGCGACUAUUGGAUUAUCCUCUAUACCUCUAUGCGGCAAAGAACUGGGCGCAUCAUGCCCGUGAGACAGGGACUCGCUCUGAGGUCAUUAACUUUCUGAAAAGCGAGCCCCAUGCAAGCGCAUCAAGUCAACUGGUCCCUGCGUUUCAAUCAGGGCCUGCAGACCUUCGUAGACCAUACAGGAAGAAGUUGGUAAGACUAGGCCGCGUGACUGGGCUUCAUCUUGCGGCAUACUUCGGACUUCACGUGGAAGCCGCUGGUUUGCUGAGCAACGGCAUGAAACCAGAUGUGAGAGAUGGUUGGGGUAGGACACCGCUAUCAUAUGCCUCUGAGGAAGGGCACGCAGCAGUAGUGGCCCAGCUUCUGAAUUACCAAGCUGAUCCAGAGUCUAUAAGCGAUGAUGAUGGCCAGGGUUCCCCACGCACGGCUUUGUCUCAUGCGGCAAGACAGGGUCAUGCAGAAGUUGUUACUAUUUUGCUUAAAGAAGGGCGUGUAAACCCCGACUCUACACCCUCAAAAAGUGAUGGCGGAUUCAACAGAACUCCAUUAUCAUACGCAGCUGGAGCAGGACAUAUUGAAAUCGCGAAACUACUAUUGGAGACAAUUGAAGUAGACGCUGAGUCAAGAGAUGCAAGUGGGUUGACAAAACGUGGGAGGACCCCACUAUCAUAUGCAGCUGAGGGUGGCCACAAGGCUCUUGUCGAGCUACUCCUUGCAGUCAAGGGGGUAGAUCCUGACUCCAAAGAUACUUCUAACCGUUCGCCCUUAUCAUUUGCGGCUGGAUCUGGCCAUGAAAUCGUGGUUGAUCUGCUUCUUUCUACAAAGCAAGUGGAUCCUGACUCAAAAGACGAUUUUGACAUGACACCCUUGUGCCAUGCAGCAGCAGCUGGUCAUGGAUCCGUGGUAAGGCGACUGCUUACGAUAAACCAAGUUAAGUCUGAUCCUCAGGGAGCCGAUAGCGGCCAGACACAGGAUGCCACCAUUGGCGAAACAUCAUCCCUUGACGACAUGAUCAUGUUACUUUUAGCUAAUGGAAGAGUGGACCCGAACGCUAAAGACAGCAGGGGCUGGACACCACUUUUCCAUGCAGCAAUAAACGACCAUGAAGCAAUAGUGGAUAUCCUACUUGCACAAGAGGACGUAGACGUUAAUGCACAGGAUAACUGCGGGCGGACAGUGCUGUCUAAUGCAAUGGGCCGUUUUGGAGCGACAGCUAAGAGAUUACUUUCUCAUGAAGGCCUACACCCUGAUUCAAGUGAUAAUGAAGGGCGAACGCCACUUUGGUACGCGACAAAAAGUCAUGAUAUAGAGAUGAUGGAGCUACUACUGAGAAACGGCCGAGUGAAACCUGAUACCCGGGAUACGUCUGGACGGACGCCACUCUCACAUGCAGCAGAACAGUGGAGCGACUCGGCAGUCAGACUACUACUAAACGAUGUCCGAGUAGAUCCCAACAGCAAAGAUGCUUCGGGAAGAACGCCGCUCUCAUAUGCAGCAGAGAGUGGGGCGUGGAUGACUAUGAAGGCCUUCAUUGAAGAUGAUCGUGUGUCUGCGGACCUCGAAGAUAUUUCUGGACGGACGCCACUCUCGUAUAUCGCAGAACAUGCACAGGCGAUUCAUGAUAAGUUAAGAAAAGUGGGUGGCUACGAUUCAUUGGGAGGACGCGGCCGAGAGUCGCACUCAGAUACACUGGAUUACAUAAGAAGGGUGAUUUGGAAAAUGCUUGCAGAAAAGGGAGUAAAUCCUCUCUUUAGAGACAAUUCGGGACGGACACCGGCAGAUAUCAUGCCGGAGCUAAGACAAACCCAGCGCUUGAUACAAGCAUCAGCUGCCAGGCGCCAGAGCUGA